AUGGCGGAUGUUUAUCGCGCAGAAACCCAGGUAGGUUUUCUAGUAUCUCUUUCCCCCGUAAGAGGUGAAUUUGGUAGACUUUUAGGGGUAGUUCAUCCGUAGGGGUACUCAGUGGAGUAGUACGCGGAGUAGUCCGUAAUCUCACCCCUAUUAGAUCCAGUACUCCACUGCCACGGCACAGGCUAACCAGGUUUUCAUAGUGAUGUAGUCAUUCCUAUAUUUUACAUUUCGUGAAGGUAUGCUCGUGACACUAUCAAAUAUGUAUCGUGUUGGUUAUGACUUUCCAAGGACAUUGUAACACCAGUUAUAUCGUAGAUUUUAUCGUAGAAUUGACAUGAAUCCUACAAAGCCAACGGUAAGUUUGUGUAAAUCUUAAUGCUUCGAACGUAGUCACUCACUGUUAAAUUCGAAAAUGUUGCAAGCAUAAUAAUACGAUAUCGAUUUUCCCUUCGACAGCUUUUUUGGUUGUGUUUCUCUUUAAGUUUACGGCAGAUUAAAUUGAACUUGAACCUGUGGCGCAAAGAGUUGACCAUGAUAACAGUGGUCGAAAUACUCGUCUUUACAUGAUAUGAUGAGCAUAGAUUUAACACUUCCAUCCUCUAUUGUCUUAUAUUUUGUGAAAAGUACAUUUAAACGGUCAAUGUAGUUUUCUAGCUCCUUGCUCUGAUCCUUGCUCUUACUGAGCUUCAUCUCUUUUCCGUCUUCAAAAUUAGUAACUGCACUCUCAAUAUCAGACUUCCUAGUUGAAGUGUUCCUGUUUGUGGCUGAUUUGUUUAUUUUUUAUGUUAUUAACUCCGGUUUAAUUUAAUUUUUCAGAAAGAGGGAGAGCUUAAAAAGUACAAGAACGUAUGGUCUGGGUGGGGGAAAAGAUAUUUUAAAUUAGAAAGAAUGUAUCUGCAUUACUUUGAGUCCAAAGAUGUGAGUAUGUUUGCAAAUGACAAGUAUCCAUUAUACAAAUUGAGUACUUGUUGUCAUUUCAAUCCUUUAUUGUUCUAUUGAAUUGAAAUACAUGAAAUGAAUCAUAUUUUGAACUGUGGAUAAAGAUUUAAAGGUGAACACGAUCUUCGCUGUAGAAUGAACAACCUUAAAGUGGCUAAAAAUCCUGAAAAAAUUCAGGCUUGACCUACUGCUUUUCAGGUUCUUUUUCAUUCUAUUGCAAAGAUCACGUCCACUUUCAUACUUGUUCCCUUGUCAUCCCAGGUAAAAACCAGAUCUCACUUUGUGAUCAUAUACACAAUAGUCUAAUGAAAUUGUUUACCACUCUACAUAAAAAAUAAUUGUAAGUAAUAUUAUUGCUAUUUGUUAUGUGGCUGCAUGGCUACUAAUAACAAGCAGGCAAGAUGAAAUGAAUGCUAUACUCUGAUUGGCUGGUCAAGUGUGCAUUACAGACCUAUCUUGCCUGCUCAGGAUUUUUGGAAAAAACCUUGAAUCCUUCUUGUUCCUGCUAGCUGACCGCCAUGUCCUUUUACUCCGACUUGGUUUCUACAAGGACAUCUUUCUUGGGUGUAUACUAAGUAAUAUUAGUUGUCUUAGAUGAUAAAAAUGCAAUUUAGAACACAGUCAAUAUCAGGGCUUCUGAUAUUUUGGGUGGCCGCGGAGCUGCAAAAUUCAGGUAAAUCCGCGAAAUCCCGCGAAAUUCGCAAAAACAUGCAAAAUACCGUGAAAUUCGGUAGAAAUCUUAUUAAAUACAUGUCUGUACAGCAAUUUUGAAAGCUACUGGGGGUAUUUACUUGCCAUGAACUCGCAAAUUUAUGUCAAAACUUUGUCACUGAAAUGUGCAAACAAUGUUCCGUAACUACCAGGCGUAGAUUAUAUUGCAAAAAACUGGGCACUAGCCAUGAUGUGAAAGGCUUCGCCAUUGGUUCAUUUCUGGAGCGUAUUGUUGUUGGAAGAGCAAAUGAUGACCUCUGUUAGAAAAUCAUUAAAAACGCUGGUCUGAUCAGAGCAAAACUGAUCGAUUUCUAGCAAAAUUUGCCCUGAAAAUAACCCUAAAAUCCGUCGUUUUUUUACCGAUUGCUUUCGAGCCAAUGCAAGUUUACCCCGAAAAUUCGCGCGAAAUUCCUGUGAAAGCAGGUGAUUUUUCCACGAUUUUGUCCCAAAAAUCCCGCAAAAUUUGACUUUUUUUUCCGCGACCUAUCAGAAGCCCUGUCAAUAGUCACUGACCUUGACUGAAUGACCUUGGUUGACAAAAUUCCCCAUCAGAGAGUUUAGUCUGGCUGCAUGGUAACUGGCUAGAUUUGUUACCCACAACAGUAACAGGCCUAGCAAUCUUCCUAGAAAACUCUGUAGAAAGGGAAACAUGUAAACAAAACUCAAGACAGAGACUUGUGAGAAAAGAAAAAUAUUUUCAGAACAGUCUCUUUGCCACCCUUUUUUUAUGGCCUGCAACAGCUUUACAGAUCAGGGUAAAUGUCUUAGCAUUCAAGGUUUGUAAUUAAACUAAGAGCAAAUAAUGUAAUGAUUCAUAUUUUUUGGAGGAGAAGAUGACAGUGGUGUAGGAGUAGAGGAGUGAGUGGCAAGAGUGCUUACUAAGAACUCAGCUCUGAUUGGAUCUACUACUUGUACACUGUACACUGUACAUGUUGCACACACAAUAAUAUUUAAGUGGAGUGAUGUUUUACAGUGAGUUAUUUUGUGAUUUUUAACCAGGCUCCUACUCCUGUCGCCACAGUUACAAGGGGAGACAUUGCCUCUGUUAAACCAUCGAGUACAUUCCAAGACAAGAGAAAUGUCUUUGAAGUUCAUACAAAGUCAGGAUUAGUUUGGUAUCUUCAAUCAACUUCACCUGUAAGUUAGCUAAUAUGUAAUGCUUGGGAAAUUCAUGGAAAAUAUGUCUCAAUAGUGAAUAGACCUUUUCCACAUUGCACUCCAGUAGGUGUAGGUGUAUGUAAGGAAAAAGGUCAAGGUCCGGGUGGGCAGUGUCAUAAGUUGAUGCCUUUAUUCUUAGGGAAAAUUUUAUGGGAAAGUUCAGUUGUGAUGCAGUAUAUUUUAUUCAACCUGUUCCAAGAGUUUAGUUAGUGGGAAGUCACUGGCGUAAGGAUGAGAGCUAAAUGAAUGAAAUAAUGAAAAAGAGGGGGAAGAGAAGGGAACCCUCUCUCCCUUGUUCCCAAGAGAGAACAAUCAUAGAAAGGUUUUUCAUAAUGAUACAUUCCACCUAGUUACAAUAGAUAAAAAGCUUCGCCUACAUUACAACACUCUCAACACUCCACUUAAGGUAAUUCUUACACUUCAUCGUUGCUUAGUAACCUCUCAUGUGCACUCAGUGGUUGCCCAUUGUGUGUUUACCAUUUUUGAAACUUCAUUUUCUUCUCUUGAAGGCUCUUGUUUGUGUACAAGCAAUGUCAUCUGUUAGGAUUGGGGUAGAGAGUGACUUUAAUAAAAUUAUGCCUAAAUUGCUCAUCCAAGCUUCCACUUUUUCUGCAGGAGGAAAUGUUAUCUUGGAUGAAGGCUUUAAUGCCAAGUUAUGUGGAGUCCACAUUUGAAAAUGUUUCUCCGCAGGUAUGUUACUGUACUUGCACCAAUUUUAUUAGCAGUGAAUAUGUAUACCAGCGCUAAUCCAGAAAACGUAAAGAUUUAUUUGAUAGGAUGAUCAGAAAAAUUUUUGAUGAAAUGAGCUAUCUAAUUAAAACGUGUCUCCUGCCCGGUUAGAUCAGUCGGUAGAGUGCUGGUCUGCUGAGUGGGAGGUCAUGGGUUCAAACCCCGACCAGACCGACAAUCAGGGUCUUUAAUAAAAAAACUGGUGAGAUCAUGCUGCCUGUGAUUUAGGAGCUUGACUCAGUUAAGAUGAUCACGUCAUUCAGUGGUGACAUUAAGCCAUUGGUAUUGUCUGCUUUAUCCUUUCAUAAGUCAAAUCCAAAUGGACGUAAAAGAACCCACACUACUGUUCAAAAAGAGUAGGGGAAGUUUCUAUGGUGGUGUGUUCUACCUUUCAUGCAUCACAAGUCAUUCAUAUCUUGGGUUAUGGGUGGGUUACAGAAAGCUCAUAAAUGGACUGAUAGUGGCUGCCAGUGGCACCCUUGUUUGCUGAGGUCCGUGCUUACUGUUGACAUGUUUCAUACGUAAUGUAAAGAGGUCAUGUCUUGUUGCCCUUUAAUCCAAGACAUUACGUACACUACAUGAUUAAGAUUCUUUUUUCAGUUGACAACUACGUUUGUACAGUACACAACAGUACAGUACACUCCAUCCGUGAGUCCCAUGUGAAUCUUCGGCAGAUCCCAGGGACCUUACUUACUGCAAUAUGUUUGAAUUUUUUAGUAACUUCAGUUGACCCAGCUUAUCUAUCUAUACCAAUUUAAAACAUAUAAUUAUCUUUUUAACUCAUCUUAGGCCGACAGAAUUAGGCAACACUGAUUUGUGAGUGGAAACAAGUUUCUCAAUGAAGCAUAACAAUAUAAGGUUUAUACAAUAUUUCUAUGUUAUAUAUUGUAUGAAACCACCCAUACUUCAAGAAAACCUCCUACACAAGUCUUCAGGGAACAACAGGGAAUAAUAUAAAAUCUAUUCAUUCAUUUAACCAGUCUUGACUUGUCCUAUUUUAGAUUCCGCAGCCACUUGAGCCAACAGCACCUCCACCUUCUGCUCCUGUGUUAGAUCCUAACCAAGGACCUUAUACUGGACCACUACCUCAUAUUUACCCCAAUCUAUAUGGCCCUGGAGCUCCUUUACAUGAUCCCAGAGUACAUGGUAAGUUCCUGGACAUGUUAGAUCCUUAUAACCAGGGACCAUAUAUACUGGAGGACUACCCCAUAUUCACCCCAGUCUGUAUGGCUUUGGAGCACCUUUACAUGAUCCCAGAGUACAUGGUAAAUUCCUGGCUAUGUUAGAUGCUUAUAACCAGGGACCAUAUAUACUGGAGUACUACCCCGUAUUCAUCCCAGUCUGUAUGGCUUUGGACUGCCUUUACAUGAUCCCAGAGUACAUGGUAAGUUCCUGGCCAUGUUAGAUCCUUAUAACCACGGACCAUAUAUACUGGAGUGCUACCCCAUAUUCACCCCAGUGUGUAUGGCUUUCGAGCGCCUUUACAUGAUCCCAGAGUACAUGGUAAGUUCCUGGCUAUGUUAGAUGCUUAUAACCAGGGACCAUAUAUACUGGAGUACUAUCCCAUAUUCACCCCAGUCUGUAUGGCCUUGGAGCACCUUUAAAGAUCCUAGUGUGCAUGGUAAGGUCUUGACUAAGUUGUAUCCUAACCAGGGAGCCUAUAGUGGACAACUUCCUCAUAUUAGUGCCAAUCUGUAUGGCCCUGGAGUUCCUUUCUAUCAUUCUGGGGUGCAUAGUAAGUUUCACACCAUAAUGUGAGAUUCUAACCAGGAAAAGCAUUUACAUGUUUGUUUGCUUCUCAUGCAGACUUACUGCUUUUUGUUUUCCUUUUUCUGUGAUAGGUAACUUGCAACACAGCCCACCACCUCCCUAUGAAGAGAAAUCAGAAGCUCCUCCCAUCCCAGAGAAAUCAUGACAAAAAGUGAUAAAUACAAUCUACAGAUGCCACAGGCUUAAAAACGCCAUCAACCCAUCAUCUCAUGAUCAAGUCCGAGAGAGAGACUGCUUUUAGUAAAAUUCAGCUCAAGGAUUCUUCAGAUCAUGGCAAUCUGGCAUUUGCUAAAGCAAAAAAAAAAACACCAUGCAGUGACAGUAGUGUGAAAUAUUAGUUUAUCUUUCCAGUUGUACAUAAAUGGCAAAGUAGGUGAAAUUUUAUAGUCAAAUAACACUGUUGUAACUGUCAACAAAUAUUUUCAAAUUUAGAGACAAAAUUAAUGAAGUUUUCUAGUUUCUCUUGAUUUCAAGUGACUCACUCUGCAGCAAAGGUGCUUGUUGAAACCAUGAUGAGGGUGUGAUAUGUGAGAUUUUUUGGUUUAUACGGAUGUCAGGCUGAGUGAAUAUAAUGGUACAGAUUAGAGAAGGCAAGGCCAGAAGACCAAAGCCCAUAACUUUAUCGACGUACUCGUAAUUUCCAACUGCUAAACGAUUUGAUCCAAUAAGCAACCAAAAAAGCAAAGAAUCUUAUCACAGCCUGACCAUUCUCUGGCUUUCUUUAUGAUUGCGUUUUGCUUGUUAUGGGAAUUUUUAAAAACUGGGGACUUAAGCUCUGUCUUAAUUAGCUCUCUGCUGUAUGACACUCAGUGGCAAUUAGGGAACGAACUGUCAAGACAUCUUCAACCAAAUGGUGAAGCAGGCAUUUUUUUUUCAACAGACUUUAUUUUCAUUCUAUACAAAGGC